GCGGUCUUCAUAGCCAGCCUCAGCAUCCCCCUCCUACAUGGAACCAACGAAAGUAACAUACAAUACAUUGAGCAAAUUAAGCCAUCUUCACCUUCCAUCCCACCUCCGCCAUGGCUGCUCAACCAGUACCAUUAGUAGUUCCAUCGACCACGAGUGAUCCAGCUGAGAGUGCUACCCAGACCGAGAUAUCAACAACACAGGAAGAAGAAGUCGUUUUACCCAAAGAUUUCGUAGCCACGCUUCCAGCAAGAGAGGGGUGGUCUGAACCACUCGUCCAAUACAAGAAGUACUGGUUCAGGCCGAGGCUACUGGAGCGAACCCUGAUCGUCAAGCAGGCCUUCGUGCCCCGCGCCGACGACAUCAUCCUCGCCACGCAGCCCAAGUGUGGAACCACCUGGAUCAAAGCCCUCGCCUUCACCAUCACCAACCGAUCCCGCUACGGCUUCGACCAACACCCGCUGCUCACGCGCCACCCUCAGCACGUCGUGCCGUUCAUCGAGAUCGCCGGUGGUGUCGGCGCGAACCGCCCGGACAUCCACGCGCUCCCGUCGCCGAGGCUUCUCGCCACGCACAUGCCCAUGUCGUUGCUCCCGCUGGGCACGAGGUCGGUCGGCUGCCGGGUGGUGUACCUGUGCCGGGACCCCAAGGACGCACUUGUGUCAAGGCUGCACUUCGAGAACAAGGUGUUUCCAGGGACCAACCUGUCCAUGGACGACGCUUUCGGCAUGUUCUGCGAGGGGUUCUCGCCCUACGGCCCCUUCUGGAAUCACUGCCUCGAGUACUGGAGGGAGAGCGUGGCGAGGCCGGACAGUGUUCUUUUCUUGAAGUACGAGGAGAUCAAGUCCGAUCCGGUGGACGUCGUGAGGAAGCUGGCGAAGUUCCUCGGCGUCCCGCUGACCGAGGAGGAGGAAAGCUCCGGCGUUGCUCAGGAGGUGGUGCGGCUGUGCAGCUUUGAGAAGCUUACCAGCCUUGAAGUGAAUCAGGUCGGCGGUGUUCGUCAUGGUGAUAGCCUUUUCAUGAAUAACUCUGUGUUUUACAGAAAAGGAGAAGUUGGGGACUGGGCAAACCACAUGAGCCAAGAGAUGGGGGACAAGCUGGACGCCAUCGUCCAACACAAGCUCCAGGGAUCUGGGCUUGUGUUUUGAGCUGUUAUUGUUAUCUGUUCCCUUCUCCUUUCCUCAUCAUGUACCAUGUACGCCAUGUUGCACAUUCCAGUAACAGGAGUUUGUUUCUUUUAAGUCUAUGUUCAUUGUGGUUCAGUUAAUGUUGCACAUUUCAGUAAUAAGAGGAGUUCGUUUCUUUCAA